AUGCAGCGCUCCCCCACCGUCGAGGAGAUCUGUGCCGUCGCCAAGCGGGCAAUUUCGACGUUCAAGUCCAAGAAUCUCGUCAGCUGCAUCACGGGCAACGCCGCUUGUCUGCUCUAUGGAACCUCGAGGCAAUCUCACAUCUUUCUGGAGCUGGACAUUAUCGUCUUGAGCGAAGAUCACCCCCCGCGCAAGCUGGAAGAGAUGCUCACCGCGGAAGACAAGGACUUUUAUCUCAUUCAACCCAAGGGCUCGCCAGACGCGCCCAAGGUUCUCUGCAGCAAGCUCCCGUCCAAGUCUGACGAACGCAAGCGGGGCUGCAAGGUGAACGUCCUCGUCCCCAGCAUGCUCGACCUCCCCGUCGUCCAGCGGGACCGGCUCGAAAAGAUCGGGGACGUGCUCGUCUUGCACCCCGUCCUCCUGCUGUUCACAAAGCUGCGGACCUGGUCAGACCGUCGCAUCUCCAGCCGCUCCUACAUGCAGUCGACGCAGCACAACGACGACGUACGUUAUAUCAGCGAGCUGCUGUCGAUCGUAAGGGGUCGCGGCGAGAACGUGAGCAGAGGGGGCGCGCAGUGGAUACCCAUGACGACGAUGGAUGCGGCGUGGUGCAGGCUUGCCGAGUAUGCAGAGGAGUAUCCCACCUCGAAGACUAAUUUGCGAGUGAUUGGGUUCAUACAGCGGUGA